AUGGGCGAAGCUUCGCACGCUAAGAGGUCUCUCGUUCAUAUUGCUCUUAAACAAGAAGAAGAAUCAUUCUCCGAGUCUCCGGAUGUGGUGUCUUUUCCGUGUGCUGCUAGAGAAGAGGGAGUUCAGUUAUUGGAGCAAGACAGACCUCAGGAUUUUGGAACUCCCAGAGGAGCUACAUCUGAGCUUAUGUGCAGUAAAUCUGAAGUAGAUUCUUCAGCUGGUCAAUGCUUACGUAAUGAGGCUUGCAGCGGACAUGUGGGAAUGGCUGCUAUAUGUGACUCCGAUGGGACAAAGUUAAAUAGUUUUGCUUCUGAUGAUCAGAUUGAUGGUACUAGACCUAGCAUUGGUGCUGCUCAACUAGAGAAAAUGGAUGUCGAUAGUUGCACUUCACCUGAAAAUCCUACACUAUCAGAAGUUUCUGCUGAAGUUAAGGUUGCUUAUCCUGACAACUUGUCAAGCCCAUUUGGAGACGGGAUGAAUGGCUUCGCUGGGUCUCUUGGGCAGACUGUUAUGGUUAAAAGUGAGAUUCCCGGGCACUCUACUUAUGAUCAUCUGGACCAGAUUAGCUUGAAAGAGCGGCAAAGGAUGCUACUAUCAAGGAAACACUUCAGGUUGGAAAAAUCAGUAUUGGAGGAUAUCCCUGAGGCAUUCUCGGAAGAUGUUAUGCAACAACUUGCCAAUCAAGAAAAGGGUGGUACUAGUAUUGUUGUUGAAGAAGCUGUAAUGGCUACCUUUCAGUCUUAUGACACUCCUGGAUCAAAUGCUUCAGUUCUUUGUAGAUCUAUCACCAGUUCACCACAACAGAAUGUUGCUGUCCCAUCAUCUACUAGUACUGCUAGUCCACAUUCGUUUGAUUUGGCUAAAUCAAAUGAUUACAGGAAAAGUUCUGAAAGUGACAAAAUAUGCUCCUCUGAGAGAAUUUGCCCUGCUGCCAUGAAGUUAAGUCCAUGUGUGGGACACGAUGAUGGGCCUAUAGGCACAAGUAGAGCACAUUCCUAUGUCAAAAUAAAGGAGGAACCUUUGGACAAUAGUGACUUCUCCAGUCUGGGAAGACGUGUUAGGGGUGACUUCUCUCUUAACAUACUUCCUGUAAAGCAAGAACUUAGAGCUGCCAACGAAUUUAGUGACGAAGUGAUAGACAAUAUGCUGCUGCGAGAUCGGAUGAAUCUAUUGGCGUCACGAAUGGACUCUGAAGUGAGUAUGUCUAAGAACUAUAGAUGCUUGGUUGAAAUUGUGCCCUCUGCCGUUAACUGUAGCCCUAUUUCCAUGGAACCUGAUAAGCCUGUAGGCAUUAGUCGUCCAAGGAAAAGGAAAAAGACUGCCACGGAUUCUGUUCAAACAGCUUUGGAGGAGGAUGCUCCAGGACUCUUGCAGGUAUUAGUUGACAAGGGGGUGUUGGUGGAUGAAAUCAAGCUUUAUGGUGAGAUGGAGAGUGAUGAAGCUUUAGAUGAAUCGUUUUGCGAAGAUGGCUUUUCACGGCUUGAAGCUGUGAUGUCAAAGCUUUUCUCGCAGAGCCAGUCAUUUUUAAAGUUCGCUCCAAUACGAUGCACGAAGGAAUCGAGGGCUAGUUAUUGCUUGGCUUCUCUAUUUUCACUUGUAGAGCAGGCCCGAUAUUUGCAGUUUAGAAAUUGGCCUGUUGAAUGGGGUUGGUGCCGAGACCUUCAAUCGUUUAUAUUUGUCUUUGCAAGACAUAAUAGAAUUGUUCUUGAACGACCGGAAUAUGGCUAUGCAACAUACUUCUUUGAGCUAGUAGGUUCACUACCAAUUGACUGGCAGAUCAAGCGCCUGGUGACUGCAAUGAAGCUUACCAGCUGUAGCAGGCUUUCUCUAAUUGAGAAUAAAGCACUAACGGUUGGAGAAGACCUAAGUGAAGGCGAGGCCCAGGUUUUAUUGGAAUAUGGUUGGGAACCCAAUACUGGUCUGGGAACCAUGCUUAAGUAUUGCGACAGAGUUGUGCAUGACAGGAAGAAUGAAAGUGAUGGCUCAGAGUGGAGAUCAAAAAUAGGGAAGAUGCUGAUGGAUGGUUAUAAUGGCGGAACUCUGGUUAUAACUAACAUCCCAAAGAAGGUUAUAAAGUGCACAGAUGUUCAAUUCCCAGAAAUCAAGUUGGAGUUCUAAUUACGAGUGAGCUAUGCU